UUGAAACAAAUACAGGUGUCUAAAAUAAAAGCGACAAGCAAGGGAAAAUAUUCUUGCAAUAGGUGAACAGUUACAAUCGAGAAAGCUUACAAAAGAGUUAAAAAGAUUAUUAAAACUAGGCUGUCUAUGUACGAUUGCAGUAUGAAAGCCGAGGCCAUUAUAUUUGGACUGUUGGUCUUAUCAACAGGAUUUGCUGCUGGCUCUUCUACAACCAACAACGGUGACCUUUGCCGCUUCUUUGCCAAUGAAACAAAGCUUCGCGAUCCAGCGUCGUGCAAUCAAUAUAUAACAUGUGUGGAUUUCGUCUCCCAGUAUCAGAGUUGCACUACAGAUAAGCCUUUCUACGACAAAGAUACGCAAAAGUGUGUCACUACAUUAUCUAAUAACAGCACUUGCCAGAUUUCUUGCGAAAAAUAUGUGGGUGGAUUCGUAAAUGAUCCAUCAUCAUGCAAUGGUUAUUAUUAUUGCAAAGAUGCCGAAACAGCUUUGUAUGGAAAAUGUCCAGAAAACAUGCACUUCAACGGCACCAACCAGAUGUGUAGAUACAAAUCAGAUUCUACAUGUAAGGUCAAGGAAUUUGAUAUUUGCUCAAUAGCUAAAAAGGAGACAAAAGUUCUAGAUGAAAAUGAUUGUCGUAAAUAUUAUGAAUGCUCAUCUAAGGGUGUGCUAACCGAAAAAACAUGCGCCAGCGGUAAAUAUUAUAAUGCCAUCACCGGUACUUGUUUGGAUAAAUGGAUGGUAGACUGCCCGAAAAUUCCGUUACCCGAUAAUAUUUGCGGUACAAAAGCAAAACCAGUGAAAAAUAAAUUUGUUUCGGAUGAUGCCACUUGUCGCGGCUACUUCUAUUGCGGCGACAAGGUCGUACCAGAUCCAGCUCCCAUAUGGGGUUCGUGUCAAAAUGGCACAUUCUUCGAUGCCACAAGUCAGUCUUGUGCAAGUCCUCUACAGGUUAAAUGUCCCACUGGCGCAGAUCGUUGCGAUGGUCGUUCAGAAACAUUUGUCAGCGGAAGUGAAUCUGGUUGUCGUCAAUAUUUACGCUGCAAAGAAGGCAAGACGGUAGAGCAAAAGAGUUGUGGCAAUAAAUUUUUCGAUGAAACCAAAAUAGCCUGCAUCUCAACACCAAUUACAUAUCAAUCGUGUGCUCGAAGCUAGCUGCCAGACAAUAAUGACAUGUCGAAUGAAAUAUUAUGAAUUAUUCGUACAUUUCUUUCGUAAAAAUCAUUAAAAUGCAAAUGUAUAUGUGUUUGAUGUAUCGUUUUCAAAUCUAUUCAAAUCUAUUUAUAUAUGAAUAUAUGAUCUUAUAAAGAAAUUAAAUGAAAUAUAUCCUCCUCUUAAGUAUGGAUAAUGGUCACUUCGGGUACCAUAUCUCCACAAUAGAAAUCCCCAAUGAGUACUAGCGAAAUGAAUACAUUUAAAUCACAUCCAA